AUGAGAGGUCGUUUCGGUGCUUUCUACCGCCAUAAGUACCUGCUGGCAGCAGUCCUGGUCAUCCUGGUGCUGUACCACUCACUGCCCGCAGCAAAGUCCACCCUCAACCCCCGCACCGAACAAUCCGAGAACCGCCCACGAUAUCUCCACCAGUCGCCCUUUCGCGCAGACCCAGAUCAUGAGUACGAGACUGCCUUGUCGAAUGCGCUGCGCGCCAUUGAGGUAGAUCGCAAUGUGGAUCCCGAUGCGACGGAUACUAUCUGGCAGAUCAUCUUGUCUAGUAAAGAUCAGCGCAAGGACGAUUCAUACGAGUUGGAGAAGAGGAAUCCUGAGUGGAAGUACCAGUUGAUCAAUGCCGACUGGGCCGAAACCUUCAUCACGAAGACUCUGGCCUCAGUACCCGAUCUCGCCCGUCUCUAUAAAUUAUAUCCUCAUUAUGUUCAGCGCGGAGAUUUGCUACGGUAUCUAGUGCUAUGGUACUAUGGCGGCUAUUACGCAGACGUGGACGUAUAUCCAGCGAAAAGUAUACGGUCUUGCCCGACGCUCAGCAACGUAUUCGCCAAUCCACCAGCAGCCAGCAAUGUGUCUCUAGUGGUUGGUGUAGAGAUCGACGAGCCCUUCGCCUCGCCGCAGAAAAUGCGCGAAUGGCACUGGGCGCGACGAUACGGAUUCCUCCAAUACAACAUCUACGCACCGCGCAGGUUCAGCCCACUCCUGCGAGAAGUCAUUGUUCGAGUCAUGUCUCACACGAAGCGCCACACGGAGGGCAAUUUCUGGGCGAGAUACGAUGAGAUGACGACAUUGGAGAUUACGGGACCAGGCGUGUUCACCGAUGCGAUUCUCGAUGUACUUUCUGAUACCUUGCCGCCUGAGCAUCCGCUCGUUGAGAAGUCGGUUGAAACAGAUGCGCAUUUUGGGGAUUUGGUGCCGCCGUACUCGGCACUACCUGUACAGCGGGUGACGUGGGCGCCGUUUCAUGGGAUCACCGAGACGGUUUGUGCCGAGGAUUCCGCUUCACAGCCUGGGAAGAUGGGCGGGAUUUGUGUGUUGCCUGUUAAUUCUUGGGGCAAUGGGCAGAGGCAUAGUGGGGCUGAGGGCUUUAGUAGCCAGCAUUCUUGUAUCAAUCAUCGAUUUGGGGGGGACUUGGAAGCCUUGGAAACAGAGUUGGAAGAAAUAUUUGUUUGGUUAGAGAGGUCGUGA